AUGACUGAUCGAAGUACCUUUGACGAGUCGAUGCAUGUCUCUACUGAAAUAUCCAAGCGCGAGAUCUUUAACAUUAUCCUUGGCACUGAAUCCAAAGACCGGGGCAACGCUGCCGUUCGCUACCACACUGUCGAUCAUGUACCACCAAAGGCGUUUGAGAAGAUCGCGCUCGCUUUAAUAGAAGGAAACGCGGACGAGAAGACCCUUAAUCUGUACAAGGUCAUUGUGCACUUUCAAGGCGCUGUUGUACUAUACGCAAAUCAGCUACAAGGCCCCAAAAGCGCAGCCGUCCAAACGCACAUCCAGCAAAUGGAGUUCAAUCAUCUGACAGCAGCGCUUACUGCUCUGGACCGCAUUAGUUUCCUAACCGCGCCAUCCCUACUACUUGCUCAGGCCUUGAUCACUGGGGCCAUCAUGAUGCAAAUUAUGGGUAACCCAGUGAGUUGUUGGGAACUCACGGCACAUGCAUCGCGCACUAUUGUAGCUCUGGGAUAUCACCAUAUUGAUAAGCCAAUGCCUGAAAGUGAUUCCGAAAGCGAGAUCUAUGCACUUGUCGGCCAAUGCGCAUUUCUUGACAGUAUCAUGAGCCUUUUGCUGCUGCGACCAAGAUCUCUUCCUCAACUUCCGGUCAAAGCCUCGUACUUGUUACGAGCCGAUCCAGCCAGCCCUAUGAGCAUUCUAGAAAUGCUUCCCGUACUCGACAAGAUCCUGGAUCUGACAUUGGACACAAAGCCAUCGCCUACUAUACUCAACGAUGAGGUUGCGCAACUACGGACAAAGAUGAAGGACAUCUACGAGCUCAUGGAGAAGGAACGACAGCUUCAUCUCUUGGAUAGCAGAACGGAUGCUCUCAUACACUGGAAGAGCAUGGAGUUCAGAUACUUUUCUACCCUGACGUCGGUCCACCGCCUGAGUCCCACCGUUACGACAAAUCCCUUGGAACGAGAAGAAUGCCUCCAAAGCGCCCGGAAAGCACUCGAGUGUGCAAAGGACAUAGAGGAGCUCGGAAGAUCUUUGGAUCACUUCAUCGAAGGCUAUGAUCCUUACCUCGCCUGGAGUAUGCUUUCUUACCCACUCUGUCCCUUCUUCGUCGUAUUUUGCAACGUCGUCGGCACAUCCAGCGCCCAAGAUUUCCAGCUCCUCCAAGAUGUCACCGAUGGUCUUUCCGCACUCGUUACAGAGAACAAGUAUGUUCAUCGACUACAUCGACUGUGUGCCACGCUGCUGGGCCUUUGCAGGCCUCUUGUGCAGGGUUCUGGUACCCAUGGACAGACACCACACCCGACUGGACCGUUGGCCACCUAUCCUAUGUCGGCAGCUUUCGGCAACGGUCCCGGCAUCUUGAACAACAGUGGGAGUGACAACACUGCUGGUAUCAUGCCAUCUUCAUGGAACGACGACAUGAUGUGGCAGCUGUUUCAGUCGCAACCUUCUCUGGACUGGUUCAACGCUGAUAUAUUGGAUCCUUCUUGGGGUCUUGGACAAACACAGUAA